AUGAGCUGUGUGCUGGCUCCACCGGCGGCUCCUCCUCCGACGAUGAGCGCUGAUGACGUGGCGUCGGCGCUCUCGGCCACGGUGACGACGAGCAAGGAUUUGGCGAAGACGUCAAAGAUUCUCACAGACUAUUUCACCAUGAUGGUAGGAGCGGGAAGAGUUGUCUGGAAAUCUGAGUCUGAACAAAAAACAGUGAAUACUCAAUCCAGCAGUCUAAUGGUUCGUUUUUGCAGCGCGUCCAACUGAUGGGCGACUCCCAAUCGUCUCCAUUUUCCCUCGACACGCCCAAUCCGAAGCUGAUGUUCACGCCGCUCGACCUGCCGACGACCGCCGAACUCAUGCAGCGAUGUCUGGCUGUGAAUCCGUUCGAGGCCAAGUUCCGCGAGGCGAAUCAGAAGAUCAGCUCGGGCAGCAUGCAGCCGAACACCUCCGCGGCGAACCAAUCGAUCGAGGCGCUCGAGGCGAACGGCGGACUUGCGCCCUUCUGCAACACGACCACCGGAUCCAGUGAGUAUCGAAAAAGUUGAAAAGGUUUCAAAUGGAUUCGUUUUGUUUCAGUGUCCGAACUCCUGCUGAAAAUCCCCCAAUCGACACUGCAACAAUCGCCCGGAAUCUUCUCGAACAUUAGCAUUCUGGCGACGGCGGCCGACGGAGAGGGAACGACGAGGGAGAAUCUGAAGACUGCCGAUAUUUCGAAACUUCUUUCGGUGGUAAGCACUGGGAUCAUUUAGUUGAGCGCCGAACUGAAUGUAUUGCAUUACAGGCUGGCGACUUCUCAGCGCAAGCGCCGCGGACCGCCGACGUGCUGAACGCGGUGCUCGACAUGCACUCGGACCGCCUCCACACGAUCAACUACCUCAACAACAAGCCCGACUUCUCGGCGCUCCUCCGAUCUCCGAGCUCGUCGGCGCCCAACUCGGCCUCCAUUCUCACCAACGCGAUGAUUCUGGCGCCGUCGACGAGCGGACAGCAGCAGUCGAACAAUCUGUUGGCGCCGCCGAAGACGGUCAGCUCGUACCACUCUCCGCUCGGAACGACGACGCCGUCGACACAGAAAUCGCCGGCCUCGCAUUCAGGAACCGACGGGAACUGGGGAGAUCGGGGCGUCGACAAGCAGAUCAAGAAGGAGAUGCCGUACUUUCAGGACGAUGCGAUGAUGCUCAUGGAGAGGAACAAGUACGUUUGGAGAACCCAAACUUUGCAGGCUUAUUGGACUCGGAUUGAAGUAUUUUGAGUCCAAGUUUCAGACCGAUCGGAUCAUUUGGUCCUGAGAUACACUGGCCGAAAAGUCAUACACUGCUAUCUCUCGGGGCCAGUUGAACCGAUCGGUCUGAAACUUGGAUCCAAGAUAUUUCAAUGCAAGUUCAAGAAGCCUGCAAAGUUUGGAUCCGAUCGGAAUAUUGCGAGUGGCCCAAAAAUCCAGGCCCAGAGCGUUCCCAUCGAAUUCCCCAUUCCAAUUCGAAUUUUUCUGUUUACAGCAUGUCCUCCUCGGGAUCGGAUGACCAACAGACCGCCGGACCGUCGGGAAACAACACUUCCAGCGGAAAUCCAGUCGGCCGCCCACAAAACGGAACUCCCGGUCGCGGCCGUGGCCGAGGGCGAAGCACGACCGCCGACAUGCAGCCGGACGAGCGACGCAACACGAUUCUCGAGCGGAACAAGGCGGCGGCCGUCCGAUAUCGGAAGAGGAAGAAGGAGGAGCACGACGAUAUGAUGGGCCGCGUGCAGGCGAUGGAGGCCGAGAAGAACCAGUUGCUGGUGAGAACUGACACGGCGGUGGGAAAGUGUCUACGAUAAUUAAAGGCUAUUCAGACGCAGAACCAGGUGCUACGGCGCGAGCUGGAGAGGUUGACGGCGCUGCUCACGGAGAGGGAGUCGCGGUGUGUGUGUCUCAAGGGCAUUCCGAUGAGCGACGAACAGGUUUGUGCUUCUUCAGUUUUGGCCGCUUUUAUGCUAGAGAAAUUUACGAGAAUUGCGUUUUCUACUCAUUUUCCACGAAAUUUUGUUUUCCGACGAAUUUCGCGCUUGUUUUUGAUAGAGCGCGUCUGCACACAUCUGUACGCAUUAAUUUCAGCACGAUCUGCUGGCGGCCUCGCGGGGCGGCAACGGAAUGUACUCGGGCUCGUCGGACAUGCUCAACGGACUCGGCCAAAUCAACGGAAUGCACCUGAAAUUACCGAAAAUGGGCUGA